AGUCGGGAAAAAUUAGAUUUCUUGAUAUUUCUGAAGGGGCUCGUUUUUUGUUUGUUUUAAAUUAUUAUUUUAUUCAUUUUUUUUGGUUCAACCACUUUGAAUUUUAAUAAAAUUAUGGUGACAUUUGUGUUGAUUAUUUGUGUUGCAAUGAUGGCAUUUGCUGAAGACGAGCUCAAUAUUUCUUCAACUUCAAACAUUGAUAGUUUUUUGAUUAACGAACUUUUGAGAAAUAGUAAUCAACAAAAGCAUCAAGAAAUGGGAAAACUUUCGGGAAUAAUUUCUAAAAACCGUGAUAAAGAAAGAAUGAAAGAAUCACAAAAGAAACUGUUGUCGCUUGAUAUUGUCCGCACAAGUUCCUUCAACUUAAAGGAACAUAUAGAGAAAAGGAGCCAGGAUAAUAAUAAUCAUUGUGAGUUGAAAUCUGCUAGAAGAUAA